AUGCCGAAAACCACCCCAGAUAUUAAAGUUCAGGCAGUCAAACGCUUAGGCGGUGAAGUGGUUCUCCACGGUGACUCUUUUGAUGUUGCAAACAAAUACGCAAUUCAACGUGCCGCAGAAGACGGUAUGAGCUUUAUUCCACCCUAUGACGAUGAACUGGUCAUGGCAGGUCAAGGCACGAUUGGCAAUGAAAUUUUGCGUCAAUGGCGCGAUAUUGAUUAUGUCUUCGUGGCUGUGGGUGGUGGCGGUUUAAUUGCUGGUGUUGCCGCUUACUUAGGUGAUGUUGCACCGCACGUCAAAGUGAUUCCUGUUGAAUACGAUGAAUCUGCUUGCUUAAAAGCUGCAUUUGAAGCGGGUGAACGUGUAGUACUGCCUCAAGUCGGACUAUUCGCCGAUGGUACGGCUGUCGCGCAAAUUGGCGAAAAACCAUUUGAAGUGAUUCAACUGCAAAAAUCAGAUAACUCUGGCCCAAUCGUUGAACGUGAAGUAGUUUUAGUCAAUACCGACGAAAUUUGUGCGGCAAUUAAAGAUACCUAUGAUGAAUGUCGUAGUAUUGUUGAACCGUCGGGUGCAAUGGCUUUAGCUGGCAUUAAAAAAUAUGUUGAAGCCCAUGAGCUGAUUGGCAAAAACAUCGUCUCUAUUGUUUGCGGUGCAAACAUGAACUUUGACCGUUUGCGCUAUAUUGCAGAACGUACUGAAUUAGGUGAACGCAAAGAAGCUAUUUUUGCUGUGACCAUUCCAGAGAAAAAAGGUUCAUUCCUGAAUUUCUGUCGUGCGUUACAAGGUCGCAACAUCACCGAAUUUAACUACCGUGCGAGCGAUGCCAGUGCAGCACAA